AUGCGACAUUUAAACGGUAAUCGAUGUCGUUGUCCAUUUGGUCGUAUGGGUAUUAUGUGUCGAAGACCUUGUCAGGAUAUUUAUAAAUCAUGCGAACGUUGGAAAGAAGAAAAUCGAUGUCAAUGGGCUAAAUCUAUUCUACCAUUUUUUGAAGACAAUUGCGCAGAAAGUUGUGGCUUAUGUCAAAGUAAUGGCCAAUCAUUAAAAAUUCCAUUACCACCUAUUCUUGAACCAAUAUCAUGGUUAAUUGGCCGUUGGGAAACGGAAACAUCGACCGGUGAUCGAUUUCCGGUAUCAUUUGAACAACCGUAUAGGGAGGUUUUAGAUAUUUCACUUGCCGAAGUGCCAAUGUUCGAUCGCCCACCAGUUAAUGUUUGCAUUAGAGCAUACACUAACAAGGGGUCAGAAUAUAAUGAAGUUGGCUUCAUGACUGGAAAACCGUUUCGUGAAUUAACCGGAUUCCAUGAAUACAAUGAAUCAUUAAUUGGAAGUGAUCAGGUUGCAAUUGAAAUGGUCAGUAAUACAGGAGUUAUUACAAUUGAAGAAGGGAUAUUAAACGAUGGUGAAAUUUCGCUUACGUUGAAAUAUAAAUAUGCAGUUCCAGCAGCUAAUCAUUAUCUUUUAAAAAAGUCGCGAAGAAUUUUCAAAUUAAAAAAUUGGAAUGUAUUAAUGGAAAAGGCAUAUAUUGAACAAUCAAAUAAUACAAUUCGGAAAUGGAUCAAAAGAUAUCGACGAACAAAAGAUUAUUUAAAGGAAUAUUAA